AUGAAAGUUAAAGCCUUGUCUCGAUCCACGUCUGAUUACGUCCGCGAGAGAGCUCAGGAUACCCACAAGGUUCAGCGUAACCUUGACCCAGCACUCCACCCAUUCGAAAAAGGAAGAGAAUAUGUCCGUGCCCUCAAUACUGUCAAACUCGAGCGUCUGUUUGCCAAACCCUUUGUUGGUGCCCUGAGUGGUCACAUUGACGGUGUUUACAGCAUGGCAAAGCAUCCUCAGAAACUUAGUUCAAUCAUUUCUGGAAGUGGUGAUGGUGAACUUAGAGUUUGGGAUCUUUCUGAACAAGCAACAACCUGGAGGACAAAGGGACACACUAGUAUUGUCAAUGGAGUGUGUGCCGGUCAUCAUACAGGCCAAUUUUUGUCUUGCUCAUCUGACAAGACUGUCAAAAUCUGGAACCAAUCUGUGGGAACUGAUCCUAUCGAAACAUACAUGGGCAAGAAUGCUUUCACAGGCUUAACUCAUCACCGUAGCGACCCUAUUUUUGCUACAUCUGGACAUACUGUGGAUGUCUGGGACGAGACUCGCUCAGACCCUAUCCAUUCUUUCGAAUGGGGAGCCGACUCAUACCAAACUGUCAAAUUCAACCAGGUCGAAACUAACAUCUUGGCCAGUUGUGGACAAGAUCGUACAAUUGUUCUUUAUGAUUUGAGAACCAGCAAGCCCUUGUCAAAGUUGGUGAUGGCAAUGAAGACAAACGCAAUUGCAUGGAAUCCUAUGGAAGCCUUUAUCUUUACUGCUGGUAGUGAAGAUCAUAAUGCAUACACAUUCGAUAUGCGCAACAUGAAGGCUGCGCAAAAUAUUCUCAAGGAUCAUGUCUCUGCAAUUCUUGAUGUAGAUUAUUCUCCCACUGGCCAGGAAAUCGUCACUGGUUCUUAUGAUCGUACCCUUCGUAUCUACAACUCCCGUAGCGGACACAGCAGAGAUGCUUACCACACAAAGCGAAUGCAGAGAAUCUUCUGUGUUCAGUUUUCUAUGGACAGUAAAUAUGUUCUUUCGGGUUCAGACGACGGUAAUAUCCGACUCUGGAAGGCCAAGGCAUCCGAGAAACUGGGUGUUAAGGACUGGCGUGAGAAGAACCAUCUUGAAUACGCUGCCAAACUUAAGGAACGUUAUAGUCAUAUGGAUGAGAUCAAGCGUAUCGAUCGACACAGACACACACCUUAUGGAGUCAAGCGGGCAGAUUCCAUCAAGAAGGAGAUGUUGUCGGCUCAGAAGCGAAAGGAGGACAACAGACGGAAGCACAGCAAAAAGGGAACCGAAGAGAAAAGGGUAUCCGAGAGAGAAAAGGCCAUUAUCGGCAUUGCCAAAUAA